UUAAACUAAAAGAAGAAGAAGAAGAAGUAGUCGGAAUGUAUUGUCGACGAACCAAACAUUAGCGGAACCAGUACCGACACUCCAAGAAGGGAUUAAAGCGUACAGUUUUAGUUUUUUUUCCUUUGUUAUUUUCAUAAUGUCGGACGAGGAAGAGGAUUAUAUGUCCGAUGCUUUCCUCAAUCAAAUACAAGACGUCAAACCAGGUGUCUCCAUGGUGAGGCGAGUAAAAGAAGCCAUAAAAAGGGAGGAAAAGCACAAACAGAACAACAUUAAAAACCGUCAAAAAACCUACAAAGAGCAAGAAAAGGAAAGUCGUGAAGCAGCUUUGCAGAGCUCCAUUACCAAUGACAAUAAGGGAUUUGCACUUUUGCAGAAAAUGGGUUACAAAGCUGGACAAGGCCUUGGAAAACAAGGGGCCGGCAGAGUUGAUCCAAUUCCACUGAAUAUUAAAACGGAUAGAGGUGGAAUUGGCAUGGAAGAGGCAAAGAAGAGAAAAGCUGAGGAGGAACUGGAGCAGUAUCGGAAGAAAGUACAGGCCAAACAACAGAAUGAAACCAAAUCGCUGGAAGAUUUCAGAUCGAGGGUUCGGACUGAGAGAGAGGAGCGAAAGAUUGAGGGAGACCUCAGAAGAAGUCAGCGAGCCUGUGAGCAGUUAGAUUCUCAAAAGGGCAUCACAGUCCCUCAGGAAGAAUGGUACUGGCCUAAAGUCCAGGCUGAAGAAGAGGUGGAUUGUCUUCAGGAGGACGACGAGGAAGAGGAUAUUGCGGAAUUAACUUCCUUUGACCAACUGCAAAUUUUGACAUCGUAUUUAAGAGGAAUCCAUUUUUACUGCAUAUGGUGUGGAACCACCUUUAAUGGUAAGUUAACAUUACAUUUGUUGUUGUUUAUUACCUUUGUUGACCAAAAUGUUUCCCUCUUUUCAGACGAAGAAGACCUGUUCUCUAACUGUCCUGGGGAUACAGAAGCAGACCAUGAAUGAACUUUGCUAAAAAUGUGUGCAGUAGUUACAAGCACAAGGCUUUUACGUUGUAAAACAGACAAUAAAAAUUGGUACCUAAUAAGGCAAAAUAAUGGGGUGUGGAACAAAACUGGUUUUACACCCUAAUUGACUAUUUACAUUAACCUACUUACUUUUUCCAAUUUUGGAAAUGUUUUGGUAAAUACUGGAUGAUGCUUUAGAUUCAAGAGAGUUUUAUUGUCAUGUGCAUGGUAAAACAGCAGUUAUACCAUGCAAUGAAAAUCUUAUUCUGUUCAUUCUCCCAAGAAAAGAAAGAAAACAAAUGAAAGAAUAAGAACAUAAGAAACAUAAACACAUAAACAUAUAUACCAAUAAAUUAAGCAACAACAACAGACGAGACAUUAAUACAAGUAAAUAAUACAAAUAAAUAAAUAAAUAAAGUGCUAUGAGUGUGUGCGUGUGUUGCGUGCGGCGUGUGCGAGUGCUUCGUUGAGGAGCCUGAUGGCCUGUGGGUAAAAACUGUUUGCCAGCCUUGUGGUCCUGGACUUCAAACUCCUGUAGCGUCUGCCUGACGGUAGGAGUGUGAAUAGUGAGUGUUGUGGAUGUGUGCUGUCCUUGAUGAGGUUGUGUGU